CAGACGAAGAGGACAUUGUGCGCGCAAAGCAUUGAGCUGCAAUAUUUUUAAUACCUUGAAACGGAUUUUUGUUAUUUUAAAAGUACUACAUUAGACCCCUUUUUCGUCGUUUACAGUUGUUCGUCCACAUUUUCUUCAUACCCUCCAGAAUUUCUUGAUAGUGUCUUUUAUUAUGCACCUUAUGUCGUAAGCAGUGUGUUUCGGGCCUCCACGAGGUCAGACCCGCUUGAUUCUGAUUUUCAAGUUUUGCAGAUUCAAGUCCAGAAUGUCUAGCUUUAACUUCGGCACAACUACGCUCGGGACCACCGGAGCACCACCAGCAGCAGCAGCUGGAGGAGGAGGGUUUUCAUUUGGAGCUGCGACCAGCACACCUGCUGCAGGCACAGGUGGGUUCUCAUUUGGAGGUUUCGGGGCACAGACCUCCACACCGGCAGCCGCUGCCACCAGUACCACCUCCACAUUGGGAUUUGGGUCCAGUUUAUUUGCACAGAAACCAACAACUGGAUUCAGCUUGAGCACACCUGCCCCAGCGGCUGCUGCUGCAUCCACUAGUGGCCUUUCGUUAGGAAGUCUUACCACCUCGACCGCUGCUUCCACUGGCUUCAGCUUGGGCUUUGGAAAGCCAGCGGCCUCGGCUACACCUUUCUCUCUGACCACCACCACCGCCUCUGCACCUGCGGCUACAGGCCUCUCUCUGGGAUCCGUCCUCACCUCCACAGUUCCUCAGACCAGCUCCACUGGCUUCUCCCUCAACUUAGGACCAGCGGCAGCCACCUCCUCUGCUCCUGCAUCAGGUUUCUCCUUUGGUUCGAGUCUUUUCUCUAACCCCACCCUGACAGGUUUGGGACAGUCCACUUUAGGUGGACCUCUGAGUCUGGGCGGUUUAGUCUCUACCUCUGUCGCAGCCACCUCAGCUCCUGCACCCAGUCUCGGCCUGGGUGGAGUAGACUUCAGUACUUCCUCUGAAAAGAACACAGACAAGUUGUCCAGCACCAGACCUGAGGACAGUAAAGCCCUUAAAGAUGAAAACCUGCCAGCUCCGAUCUGUCAAGAUGUGGACAAUUUUCAGAAAUUUGUCAAGGAACAGAAGCAAGUCCAGGAGGAGAUCAGCAGAAUGUCCUCUAAACCCAUUCUCAAAGUUCAAGAGGACAUUAAGAUGCUCAGACAGCUCCUGUCUAUCUGUGCCAGCGGGCUCCAGAGAAAUUCACUCUCCAUAGAUAAACUGAAGCUGGAAACUUCUCAGGAAUUGAAAAAUGCUGAUAUUGCACUUCGCACCCAGAAGACCCCACCUGGACUCCAACAUGAAAACACAGCACCUUCAGACUAUUUCCGGGCACUGGUGGAGCAGUUUGAAGUGCAGUUACAGCAGUACCGUCAGCAGAUUGAAGAACUGGAGAAUCAUCUGACCACUCAGAGCAGUGGCUCCCACAUCACCCCUCAAGAUUUGUCGAUGGCCAUGCAGAAGCUCUACCAGACAUUUGUUGCGCUUGCUGCUCAGUUGCAGGGAGUUCAUGAGAAUGUUAAGACUCUAAAGCAUCAGUACCUGGGCUACAGACGAGCCUUCCUCGAGGACUCCACCGAUGUCUUCGAGUCGAAACGAGUUGCUGGCAAGAAAUGGCAGAGUUCGCCGCGUGUCACCACAGGCCCCGCCCCCUUCGGCAGCGUUCCCAAUGCAGCAGCCGUAGCCAUGGCUGCCACGCUCACUCAGCAGCAGCAGCCGGCUCCAGGACCACAGGCGCCCUUGGGAGCCAGUUUUGGCACUCCCUUUUCCUCGGGUAUUGGCACUAGCAUGGGCUCAUCCAGCCUUGGAGCGUUUGGUAGCGGCCCUGGGUUCGGGGGUGUGGCGACAGGAGGUUUGUCGUUCGGGUUUUCCUCUAGCAAGCCAUCUGGAGGGAGCCUGAGCGCAGGGUUUGGAACUUCCAACACGUCCGGCUUCAACUUCAGCAACCCAGGCAUCAACGCUUCCGCUGGAUUAACUUUUGGUGUGUCCAACACCCAAAAUCCUGGUUUCGGGGCAGGAGGCCCACUGCUACAGCUCAAAAAGCCACCAGCUGGAAACAAGAGAGGCAAGAGAUAAAACAGGAUGCUGUUAUGGGGUAAAGGGAAGUGUCACGAGGUAAAGAUGAUGUGUGUCUCAGAUCUUUAUUUUUAUAUAUAUAUCUGUGUGUACAUAUAUAUUUUCUCUGUUGGAUUCCAUUAAAAGGAUUUCUUUUCAGUUCUCCCUUUUACCCUGGUGACUGUGCUGUUCUUUUGUUUACCGUUGUCCUGCGAAUUACAUACGAUGUAAUGGAGCAUAUUUUGUGACGCACAGAAUACCUGCGAAGGGAUUUGCUCUCGGGUUUGAAGAUACUCAUUAACUCAGUUUACCUGUGUGUUAGCUUGAUUUGAAACCACAUGCUCUCUGUGAUUGUAAAUGCGUCAUCCCAUCCUGUUAAGAUGACCUGUGUUCGUGGUUUUCUGGUUAAUUGUACCAAAUAGAUGUCAACCUGUAUGAUAAGAAUGUUACGUUUGUAUACACCUUAUUUGUUUCUGUCUUUUUUUUUUGGUUACAAAAUAGUGAAAAGAUUCUAUACUUAAGCAAGCUUUGAGCAGACAAGUAUUUUUCGACUUGAAAGAAGUGUUUGUUAUUAAAAGAAGUGACAAUGAUAA